UUUCCGGGUAUUCGGAGAAGAAAGAAAAAAAAAUCGGUCUAUCGCCAUGUUUCACAGAGAAAUAUCUGUCAAACGCCUAUAUCAGUUUAAUUGAGCGUUGUGUUUGUGAGAGUGGAAACACAGGUGUUUUGUCACUUAGACUCAAGAUAGCGCUACAGUGGAUGGUCGGAGCGCGGGACGGUGAUUUUACAAGUGUCUUUUAAUACAGUUGAAGUGGCACGCAAUGCACCAUGGAGGAGGCCCACCAAAAGUGCAGAGGAACCUUCAGAGAUCCAAGUCCUUCACUGGAUCUGAGACAGAAGACCAACAGCAGCAUCAACAACCACCACAGCAGCCCAAACAAAAACAGCAGCAGCCCAUGCCGGUUACCCAACAACAACCAGCAAAUGCCAAUCACCCCCAGUCACCGGUGACAUCUUUUGCUCCGUCCGCCAGUCCCUCUGCUCCACAGUCUCCCAAUUACCAAUUCAUCAUGAGUCGGAGUCCGGUCACAGGCCAGAACAUGAACAUCACUUUACAGAACGUGGGACCAAUGGUUCCUGGGAGCCAGCAGAUCACCCUUGCCUCUCUUCCUCUCCAGAGUCCAGCAUCCCCUGGCUUUCAGCACCAGCCCCAGCAGUGGAGGUUCGAAUCCGGGUCUUCGUCUUACGUGGUGACAUCACCCUUGCCCCAGACAAUGCAGCCUCAAAGUCCGACCCAGCACAGUCCGGUCCCUAUACAGGCUGUGCCCAGGCCGAGCGCUCCUGGGUCGGCUCUGGGAGUGUGCGGUCAGAGCCCGACGCGGUUUGUGGAGGGAGGUAUAAUGGUUAGGCAAAUCAACUUGAGCAGCCCACCUGGAAGUGGUCAUUUUGUGUACCAGGAUGGAACAGGAUUGGCUCAACUGGCUCCGACAACGGCAGGUGCCGUUCAGCUGACCUCACCUGGGACACCAGGGGCUGUCAGAGAAAGACGCCUGUCCCAGCCGCACUCUCAAACCGGGGGCACCAUUCACCAUUUGGGGCCGCAGAGCCCUGUUGCGGCAGGGGCUGCUCUCCCGACGUUGGGCAGCCCUGGGCACAUCACCACCUCCAAUCUGCCUCCUCAGAUCAGUAGUAUCAUCCAAGGCCAAUUAGCUCGUCCCAUGAUUUUUGAGAAGAUGGCGCAAGGCGUUGUGGCUGGUGUGGCGGCCUCUUUUGGGGUCACAUCCACCAUCCCUCCAUCCAGCCCAUCCAGGGGCAACCCUCCCCAGGGCCUGACCAACCAGUCCCUGACUCCCACCAGCAUGAAGAAGAUGCAGCCGAAGAAGCUGGAGGAGAUUGCACCCUCAAAUCCAGAAGUGGCGCAGUUGAGGAAGCAGUGUCUGGAGCAUCAUGCAAAGAAGAUGGAGAGUCUGAAGGAGGUGUUCAAGGAUUACCUGAUUGAGCUCUUUUUCCUGCAGCAUCUGCAAGGAAACAUGAUGGACUACCUUGCUUUCAAGAAAAAGCCCUGUGUGCCUCUCUUCACCUACCUGAGGCAAAAUGAUCUUGACCUUGAAGAUGAAGAGGAGGAGGAAGAGCAGUCUGAGGUCAUCAAUGAUGAGGUGAAAGUAGUGACUGGAAAGGAUGGACAGACGGUGACUCCUGUUGCUAUAGCUACACAACUCCCACCCAACGUGUCUGCAGCGUUCUCUACUCAGCAGCUGUUCCAGACCCAUGCCGGGGUGGCAUGUGGCAGCAUCUCGAACCCUGUGGACAUGGAGGCUUUCAAACGGCAGCAGGCCAUGGCACAAGCAGAUCAGGCUAAGAGGUCCCGGAUGGAAGUGGGUCGGCAUGGGAUGAUAUUCCAGCACCCCGCUGUAACUCCUUUAGGAUCUCCCGGCGUUCCCCUCCAGCAGCUCAUGCCAACAGCGCAAGGAGGCAUGCCCCCGACUCCACAAACGGUCCAGAUUGGUGGGCAGAAACAGAACCAGCAACAGUAUGACCCGUCCAAAGGUCCCCCGGUCCAGAACGCCGCCAGCCUCCACACGCCACCCCCACAGCUUCCAGGCCGCUUCCCCCAGGGUGGGCUCCCUAUGGCUGGCCUGUCUCUCUCCCUGUCCCAGGGCCAGGCCAUGGUGGUGGACCAGCAGGCUCCAGUGGCUGGUGGUCAGCUCCAGGUGAAGGUGCAGGGUGCCGGGGCCGUGCUGGCUCCAGUCAACCCACAUGCGCAGCUGCAGGCACAGCUUCAGCAGAUGAAGUCAGGACUCCACCUACAGAUGCAGCAGCAACAGCAGCAGUCGGUCAUGCAGCCUGGACAGGCAACUGUGGCACUUGUGCGUCCUGGAUCAGAUUCUUCCCAGCCUGCCCAGCGUUUGCUGUCCAACUCUCUCUCCAACCCUGCCAUGUCUCCUGCUCCUCUAACAUCCCCGUCCUCUCUCUCCUCCCCACACCCUUCUGUUCCGGUCCGCACCCCCAGUACUGGCCCCAGCCUCUCUUCUGCUGCUCAGUCCAAACUCGCUACCACGAAUGGCACCACCGGGCUGAAAAUGUCCGGUCUGGGUCAGAGUCCAGUUGGGCAGAACUCACAGGAAUGCUCUCAGGACAAGCAAGCAGAACAAGCCAAGCUGGAGAGUCAUGUGCACCAGCGUAUUGCAGAGCUUCGUAAAGAAGGCCAGUGGUCAGCUAGCCGCUUACCCAAGCUGCAGGAGGCCUGCAGGCCCAAAUCCCACUGGGACUACCUUCUGGAGGAGAUGCAGUGGAUGGCUGCUGACUUUGCCGAGGAAAGGCGCUGGAAGAUGGCUGCUGCCAAGAAACUUGUGCGCACAUGUGCACGUUACCAUGUUGAACAGAAGAAGAUGGAGGAACGUGAGAAGAGGGAGGAGGAGAUGAGGCUGCGGCACAUUGCCAGCACCAUCGCCCGCGGGGUUGACUGCUUCUGGUCCAAUAUCGAACAGGUUGUAGAAAUCAAGCUGCAUUUUGAGAUCUAUGACAAACGACAAAAAGUUCUUAGCUUGCAGAAGGCUGUGAGUAAAGGCAAGUGUGCUAAAGUGACCCAGUCAUCUGGAGAGAAGUCAGAUAAAGAGAGUAAAGGGGAGACUGGCCCAUCCCGCAAGAGAAAGUCAAGCACCUCGCUGUCAGAUGUAGAGGUUGAAGAUGAGGAAAGUACAAUAGAGGAGCAGGAGGCCAUGGAGGUGGCAGCUGAUCAGAAAGCAGAGCUGGCCGAACUAACAAAAGAAGCUGAAGUGCCAUUGGAUGAUCUGGUGAAGAAGUACACUGGUGCUUACGCAGAGGGCUUUGAGUGGCCGCAUCCUUCCAGCCAGAGCGAAGAUGAAGACAGAGAGGAAGCUGAAGACAUGGAUUCUCCGUUGGACAGUCCACAUGAUGCUGUGCUGAUAGACUCUUUGCUGAGUAUGGAUCAGUACCGUGGGGCUCAGCGGACAGCUUCUGGCCCGGAUGGGAAGCCCAUCAAGGAUAUCGCUGAGGUCGCUGCAGCAACAGACCUGAUUCUGCCCAAAGGCAGCGCCAGGACCACUCUAACUAGUCGUUCCUCUCCUCCUGCUCUGCUGCACGGUUCUCUGAGAGAGUACCAGCAGGUCGGGGUGGAGUGGCUGGCAAGCCUCCACCGCAAAAACCUUAACGGCAUCCUGGCAGAUGAAACUGGCCUUGGCAAAACCGUACAGACUGUGGCUUAUUUUGCUCACUUGGCCUGCAACCAGGGUAUCUGGGGGCCUCAUUUAGUGGUGGUGAGGACCUGUAAGCUGAUAAACUGGGAGAUGGAGUUCAAACGGUGGUGUCCUGGACUGAAGAUACUCCUGUACCUCGGCAGCAGAAAGCAGCGCAGAUACAAGAGAUCGAGGUGGUGUGAGCCCAACAGCUUCCAUGUGUGUGUGACUUCAUACAAACUUCUGCUGAAAGAUCAGUCUCACUUCCUGAGGAGGCGCUGGAGGCACCUGGUGCUAGACGAGGUGCAGCUCAUCAAAAACAUGACGGAGAAACAGUGGGAGACCAUCUUCAACAUAAAGAGUCAGCAGAGGAUUCUCUUAAUCAACACACCUCUGCAGAACACUCUGAAAGAGUUAUGGACCAUGAUCCACUUCCUCCUGCCUGGAAUCACUCACCCAUACCUCAGCUUCCCCAUCAAACCCGGCACUGAUCAGAACCAGGACUACUGCCACAAACUGGUCAUCAGACUGCACAGGAUGAUUCAGCCCUUCAUCCUGCGCCGUUCCAAGAGAGACGUGGAGAAGCAAAUGCCUAAGAAGUAUGAGCACAUUCUCAAGUGCCGUCUGUCCAAGAGGCAAAAGAGCAUGUAUGAGGACAUCCUCAUCCAGCCCAGUGCACAGGAAGCACUGAAGACUGGACAUUUUGUCAGAGUCCUGGAGGUUCUUAUGCAGCUGCAGAAGAUCUGCAACCAUCCAGACCUGAUCCAGCCCAGAGACACACACAACUCUUACAUAUGUCAGCCACUGCAGUACAACACCCCAUCAUUACUGCUCACAGCCCUGCAGCAGGACCAGUGGAAGACUGUAGAUAUGUCACUGUUUGACCUGAUCGGUAACGAGGGCAGAUUGACACGUUAUGAGGCCGAGGAGGCUCUGCCUAAACUCAGAAUGAACAAACAGCUGAUUGAAGAGAUCUAUAAUGCACGCGAUCCACCAGCCAGACCCAGACCAUGCAAGAUCAAACCUAUGAGGUUGUUCCUGCCGGUGCAGUAUGGAACAAAACCAGAGGGGCACCUGGUCCCCAUAACUAGCAGCACCACUCAAGCCCCUCGUGCCACUGCUGUGACUACUGCCCCCACCACCACUACCAACCCUGCUACUGCAGCUCCAAGCCCACAGCCCAGAGGCAAAUCACCUCUUACCACAACCACUUCUGCACAGGGUGGAGAUGUAGUGAAGGUUACUCAGUUGGUUGGGCAGGGUCGUAUCGCCCAGCCAGAGACCCCUGUGACCCUACAGUUCCAGGGCAACAAGUUCACUUUGUCUCCGAGUCAGCUGCGGCAGCUCACCACCGGCCAGCCUCUGCAGCUCCAAGGUACACUCGGCAACAUCUUGCAGAUUGUGUCUGCCCCCGGACAGCCUCUUCUCAGGCCACAGGGGCCGCCCAUGGUGAUGCCUACUGUACCCCUGGCUGUGCCUGUACAGAACUCCUCAGCAAGCACCACAGUCACUCAAGCUACCACAGCCAUGGAAACAAAUGCUAAACACUCAACAAAUGCCAUACCACAGGAGUCAAGCGAGGAAAGAAACAGGCAGCUGAAAGAGCGUCUGGCUAGUUUAUUUCAUGCCAACGAGUGGCGGUCCUCACGCUCUGUGAUGUAUGGUUCUGACCUUAUCAAGACCUGCUUCGUUUAUGAGGGACGCCCUCCACCAGCCUUCCCCACACCCCAGCACUCCCGCUGGUCCUGGGUCGGCAGAGACAGCUGUAUUAGGGCUCAGCAAACUUGUGUGUCCACGGUGGCCCCACUCCGCUCAGCGAUUCUCUCCAACACGGAACAGGAGGCAGCAGCAGGCACCUUGUUGAAGAGGUUCUCCUGCAUACUUCCUGCUGCUGUGGCUCCUCCCCCUCAGCUGUAUGCGUCCAAUCCUCCACCAUCUUACAGUCUUGCACAAAAAUCAUUCAGGCGACAGCUACAGGAAGCGUCCGCUCCACACAACGCAGAGAUCCGUAACUUAGCCUGUCCUCCUGUCGUCAGAUUCCCUCAUGUACACAUGUUGGAGAUGGAUUCAGGAAAACUGGAGGCGCUGUCUAUCCUGCUGCAGAAGCUGAGCGCUGAGAACAGGCGUCUGCUGAUCUUCACCCAGAUGGCCAGCAUGCUGGAUAUACUGGAGGCCUUCUUAGACCAUCGUCACCUCACCUAUGUACGACUGGAUGAGAGUCUGUCACUAGAGGAGAGACAGGAGCGGGUCAAGAGGUUUAACCGCAACAGACAGAUCUUCUGCACCAUCCUGACCAAUCGCUGCUGCUCAGCCAUGGGCCAUGUGUUUGACGCAGACACCAUCGUGUUUUACGACACAGACCUAAAUCCCAGCAUGGACUUGCGCACACAGGAGUGGUGUGACAAGAUCGGCCGCUCCAAAGACAUCCACAUCUACAGAUUGGAGAGCGGGAACUCAAUUGAGGAGAAGCUUUUAAAGAAUGGCACUAAAGACCUUAUUCGAGAGGUAGCUGCACAGGGCAUGGAUUACACUCUAGCCUUUUUAACACAGCGCACCAUUCAGGAUCUGUUUGAGGUGGAGGCUGGUUCUGGUGAGAAGGUGGAGGAGUUUGUGGUUCUCCACCAGGAGCCAUCCCCGUCCGAAUCUAUCCCCCCUCAUGUGGCCAGACCCUACAUCCAGGCCCUGAACACCAUCCGAAAGAAAACCCAAGAUGAGGUCGAGGAGACAGAGGUAGACAUGAAAAGUGAGAAAGUGGGAGGACAAGAAGAGAUAGAUGUGAAGGAAGGGGUGAGAGAGGAGGCGUCACAGUUAGAGGAGUUGGCGGCAGUCAUGGAGCAGCUGACUCCUAUUGAGAGAUACGCACUGCACUAUCUGGAGUACUUGCACAUCAGUGAAGAUGAACAAGUUAUAAAGGAGCGCAUAGAAGCUGCUAAGAGAGGCUGGGAGCAGCAGCAGCAACAGAAACUAAAGGUAGAGAAAACGGAGCAAAUGAUCCUAGAAGAUGAGGAGGAUCUGUUCACCUAUACCAGAGAGGAUGCAUACAACAUGGAGUAUGUGUUCGAGAAUGAGAAUGGACAAACAGAAAUAAUGCCACUGUGGACUCCCCCAACUCCUCCACAGGAUGAUAACGAUAUCUACAUUGACUCUGUAAUCUGCCUCAUGUAUGACACUGCGCCUAUGCCCGAAUCCAAACUGCCCCCAGUCUACGUCCGCAAAGAGCGCAAGAGACACAUGGACCCGUCAGCUCUGGGACGUAAGAAAAAGAAGGGCCAUGGAGAAUCAGUGAUUCCUCCGCGCUCUCUCUUUGAUAAGGCCAGUCUUCUCAAAGUAAGGAGGGAGGGUAAAGACCAGAAGAAGAACUUCUCUCUGAAGCAACAGGCUCCCUUUGCCAAACCGCUGCCCUCACUGCUCAAACCAGCCAUGGAGGCUGGGCAGGACAACCCUGAGUGGCUCAUCAGUGAGGACUGGGCCCUGCUACAGGCUGUGAAGCAGUUACUGGAACUUCCUUUGAAUCUGACCAUCGUGUCUCCAGCACACACUCCUAACUGGGACCUGGUGAGCGAUGUGGUCAACUCCUGUAGCAGAAUUUACCGCUCGCCAAAACAAUGCCGUAAUCGCUAUGAGAAUGUCAUCAUUCCCAGAGAGGAGGGCAAAUUAAUAUAUGAAGCUAACCCUAAGAAGAACAAGACCAAGAGCAUUUAUAAGUCCAAGAAUAGUCGUCCUCUGCGCACGUGUCAGAUCUACACACAGGAUGACAACGCCACCCAGAUCCAGCUGUUCAACAACCGCUUUGAGCUGAUGAAAAUCAUUGCUAGCAAGAGGAGCCCACCAAUAAGACCACUACUGGGCAUGAAUCCAUUCCAGAAGAAUCCUAAGCAUGCCUCUGUGCUGGCUGAGAGCGGGAUAAGCUACGACAAGCCUCUUCCUCCUAUCCAGGUCGCCUCUCAGAGAGCUGAGAGAAUCGCUAAAGAGAAGAAGGCACUAGCCGAACAGCAGAGGGCUCAGCAGUUAGCCCAGCAACAACAGCAGCAGACUACAGGAGCCGCCCAGCCUCAGGGAGCUGCUGCCCAGCCUCAAGCCCAGCCACAGGCCACUGCAGCGGCCGCACAGGCAGCGGGAGUGGCUCAGCCCAACCAACCCGGAGCAGCAGCAGUCCCCAACACCACUGUACUGACUGGAGCUAUCAAGACCGCUGCAGUGGGCACAAGCAUCCAGCCAGCAACAGCUACAGUAAGUGGAAAUGUGAUUGUAAACACUGUGCCUGGAGUUCUUCCUGGUCAGUUCCAGGCGAAUAAACGUCUGGCGUCUCCUGUCAUACCUACGGCAGGAACUGCCACGGCUCAGGUGGUUCACACUCAGCAGAGAACUGUGCCUGCAACGGCGGCCCCAGCGGAGGUUGUUGCCAUUGCGACGGGUCAGAGCGUUAGAGCCGUUACCCCAGUGACCGCAUCGGCUGUAGUGUCCACUAAUCUGACUCCUGGUCAGUCCCAAACACGCACGCUGGUGGCUCCAGCUCCCGGGAUGCAGUUGUCUCAGGGUAAACCACUCACACCAGCUCAAUUCCAACAAUUACAACUCAGACAACAGUUGCAGCAGCAGCAACAACAACCACAGGCUGCAUCUCCACAGAUCAAAGCAGUAGGAAAGCCACAGCAGGAGUUGUUGAAGAAGCAGAAGCUGCAGAUGGCCCAGCAGCAGGUUGCGGCGGCGGUAGCUGCAGCUCAAGGUCAGCAGGCUUCAUCUACUCAGCAACCGCAGCAGGUUCACGCCACACCGGCAGCUACGUCCAACCCUCAGAUAGCUGCAGUCGCUGCGCCCAGAGCAGGAGCUGUGCUUGCUGGAACUACCGUCACCAACUUACAGGUGGCCAGACUGACACGUGUCCCAGCCCCUGGACCCAUUCAGGCUCAACCGGGUCAAACCGCUCAGGUGACUCUGACCAAACCACCUCCUGUUGUCUCAGUUCCUGCUGUGGUUUCGUCCGCCGGAGUCACGACUCUUCCUGUCACUGUGGCUGGCAUUAGCGUUGCCAUUGGGCAAGCACAGAAAGCAGGUGGUCAAGUGGUGACCCACCCGUUCCAGGUUCAGCAGCUGUUGCACAGACAAAAGCAGCAGGCAGCCGCACAAGCCGCUGCGGUCCAGAAGGCAGCACAGCCACAGCAAACACAGGCUGCGGUACAGCAAAAGAUGGGCACGCAGCAGGCCGCUCAGACCACAGCCCAACAGCAGCAGAAAGUAUACACCGCCACCACUCCACUUCAGCCCGCCAUUAAGACCCAGUUCUUCGCCACUUCCAUCGGACAGCCACAGAAACCUCCUGCAGCACAGCAGAUACAGGUCACUAAGAUUCCUCAAAUAGUUCAGCAGCAGAUAGUAUCCUCACCUCAACAGAUCCAGGCUCAACCUCAGACAGUGGCCCUGACGCAGGCAGCACCCGCAGCAGGUUCGGCACAGGCCCAGGUGCAGGUCAUCCCCACAGGCACCGCCACAACCACACAGGUGGUGCAACAGAAGCUCCUCCAGCAGCAGGUUGUUACGGCAGCAGCAGCCUCCCCUCAAAUCCAGACCCCGCCGCCACACAGUCCGGCCCAGCAGCAGAGCGCCGCGGCCGCCACCGCCGCAGAGUCUCCAGCGCAGCAGGCCGCUGCCACCCCACAGCCCCAGCAGGGCAAAGGAAACACCCGCAUUGGUGCUGCCAUGCGCUCCAAAACCCCUGCCAAACCCAGCGGUGGCAGCUAGAGAGUGAUCGGAGGAGAAGGUACUUGGGCAUAACAUAGGGCUGUUUUUUUCCCUUCAUUUGUUUUGGAAAGACUGACCCUUUGUAAUACAGGAACUCACCGUUGACAGUCUGGAUUGAGCGUUUUACAAUUUGAAGCAACACUCAUAAGCUAACCACGUCUCAUGUUAAUCAAACAUCAUUCUGCCAACGGCGCUCACUGUAUGGCCAAUCCGUUUCUUCUUUUUUUUUUACAGCUUAUUUACUGAAGCUCCUUCCUCAGGAGUCGAGCAUGACUUUAAAACAGUAUGACGGCUCGUUUUCAUAUUGAACUCUUUACUGAGCCACUAAAUGCUUGCUGUACUUUUUCUACCAUGCUACGUGCUCUGUUUAUACAGUGUUUAACAUGUCAUCCUUAAGGUCAUGGAUCAAGUGCGUUUGGAUCACAACAGCCAUCAGCUUCAUAAUUUCAACACUUCAUUUGGCGUGCCAGGAACUCUUUUGGCAGGUCGUCUCAACAUUAUUCAUAAUGUUCAAUAAGUCGAAUUAUAUGUGUGUGUCCCCAAUGUUUUUUAAUAGGUGUGGUGGUGUUGUCCCUUUGCGGUUUGUGUCAGUAAAUAUCCCUUUAUUUAAGCAUUUAAUGACGAUAAUCAAGAUUAGCAAGGCUCGGUGAACCAAACUCAUCCUUUUGGGAUGUAGAAAUGGCAAACUACCUUCAGUUCGAUAUAUGUGACCCAUUCAAAAGCUCCCUCUCUGUAGAAGAAUUGAAUAUAUUAGCUUGUAUCAUGAAACCCACCUAAAACGAAUUCUUGUCACCGUAUACACAAAUUCAGCUGCAUGGAUGGAUACCAUCUGAAAACUCAAGUGACGUGUACUUGUGUGUGAAAUGUUUGUGUUAAGUGGUACAACAAUUCAGAAUGUGAUUUAACAGUAAAUUAAUAGAAAACCAUCCCGUGCUGUAGCCAAUUCAUGGUAGCCGCAGCUGUGGGAAGUAUCGCCCUCCCAACUUCGAUUUGGAAGAAAUGUCAUCGCUGAAAACACAUCUGUGAAAUAUUUCCGUUUUUCUUAUGCAUAGUUAUGAACAAUGUCACCAUUAGUCAGUUGAGACAGACCUCAGCUUGGCUGUUAGUGUGUUUACAUUGGCCUGCUGUCUUAAAUCAAGACUUUCCCUCUGUGUAUCUAAAUCAUAUAAUGUCGGGGCUUUCGGUCAUAAAUACGUCUUUUUGUAUUGAUGUUGGGUCAGGAACACAUGUAAAUAACUCGGGAGGGAGACAACGGCAUUUGUAUUUGUAAAGUAGUUGUGUAUUCAUUAAUUUUUUUUUUCAGCCUACUUGUAUAAAGUGUUAUGUUUUUACACA